CGUGAGACAUGCAUAUCGGUGCAUCUCCUCUGCUUGCCUGCACUAGCAGUAGCAGAGGCCAACAGCUCAUUGGGCGCAUCGGCGAGCCCGAGCGCGAUGACGGAUGCGCUGCGGAACAUACCGACACAAUGGCCACCCAAAGGCGCAUUGGUUGUCGACGUGAACGGCGUCGGCCAACCCGCGGUCCUGCCUGUAUCCAAUCUUUCGCUAACGUCGUGCAAGGACGCCGCGGGCGGGGCCGUGGAUAUCACGCCGCACAUCCGCCCGGGUGCGAACACGGUGCGGCUGAUCCAGCUGCGCGAUCUGUCCGAGUGGGUGUUUGUCGUGCACGCGUGCACGCCCUCGGACGACGAG